AGGGAUUUCAUGCUGGAUUGAGACUUUAUUGGCACUGUCUUGUGCUUUCACACUCUCUGUGGCACAGGAUGACCACAUGACCAACGCACUAACGCUGAUGUCGCAGACACCACUGAUUGAUGGCCAUAAUGACCUGCCUUGGCAGAUAAGGAUGAAGUUCAACAACCAGCUGAAUAAGGUGGAUCUGUACACACUCCAAAAUACACAUACCAAUAUUCAGAAGAUCAGGGAGGGACGACUGGCAGCACAGUUUUGGGCAGCAUACGUGCCAUGUGAGACUCAGUACAAAGAUGCCGUCAGACAGACUCUGGAGCAGAUUGAUGUCAUCCACAGAAUGUGCAAGAAAUACCCUGAGGCCUUCAUGUUUGCUACCAGCAAGAAAGGUUAUACCGUCAUUCACAAAGAAGAUAUCAUGGAUGCAUUUGACCAGAACAAAACUGCCAGUCUGAUCGGGGUGGAAGGAGGACACUCUUUGGACAGCAGCCUGGGUACCCUGCGCACCAUGUACCAGCUGGGAGUCCGGUACCUCACACUCACCCACAGCUGCAACACACCCUGGGCAGAUAAUUGGCUGGUAGAUACGGUUGAUGAGCCAUCGCAGCACAAUGGACUGUCUGAGUUUGGCAAGCAACUAAUCUCAGAAAUGAACCGCAUUGGGAUGUUGAUUGACCUGGCCCAUGUGUCAGAGAGAGUAAUGAACCAGGUUCUGGACCUUUCUAAAGCCCCCAUCAUCUUCAGCCACUCCUCUGCCUAUGCUGUGUGCCCACAUAAGAGGAACGUGCCAGAUGAUGUCCUGAGGAAGGUGCGAGACAAAAAUGGCAUUGUCAUGGUUAACUUUUACAAUGAGCAUGUCACAUGCAGCCAAAUAGCCAACCUGUCACAAGUGGCAGAUCACUUUGACCACAUCAAGCGGGUGGCUGGAUACCAUAUCAUUGGUUUUGGUGGUGAUUAUGAUGGAGUAAACAGGGUCCCUGAGGGUCUGGAGGACGUGUCUAAGUACCCGGCCCUGGUGGCAGAGCUGCUGAAGAGAGGAUGGACAAGUGUAGAGGUGAAGGCUGCUCUGGGGGAAAACCUUCUCAGAGUGUUUGGAGAAGUUGAGAAAGUGCGAGACAGUAUGACUGGAAUCCCUCCAGAUGACCUGCCCAUUCCUUAUGAAGAGGUGAAGAACGACUGCAGAACCGGCUAUGGCUACCUGGUGGCAAACAGUGCUGCGUCAGGGUGGUCGUUCAGUUCCCUGAUCACGGCACUAAUAUUUACUCUGAACUGCCUGUCUGUAUAAGCCCUAUCUGAAGCAUGAUGGGUAUGAUAGAUUUCCAUGUUGUAUUUGGCAGAAUGGCUGCCAAGGGCAUAGUAACACAAUCCUUAAAAAUUAAGGGUAAAUGUGUCCCUCAAAUAAUCAGGAACAUUUGUAAUCAGGAAAACAUUUUGCACAAGAUUUACAUUUUUUACAUUUAAUAAAAACAAUGUUACCAUGUUUUGUCUUGCACUUUUGAUGUUUCACAAUACAGAUUUUUUUGUUUCAUUGCAAUACCAAGUUAAAGUCAACUGUAAACAGACUGAGCCUAAUUCUGAGUUUUGUAGUCUAAGAUGUAGUUUUGAACAAUGAGCAUCCCCCAAAUGAUUUUAGAAUGUUUCUGAUGUGAUUUUAUUACACCUAGAAAACCACUAUGCUUUAUCUACCAAUUGUUUAUACAGAGCUAGAUUCAAAAGAACAUUUAUGUAACAUUACCCAGUGAGUACAAAGAACAUGCUGUGUCCAUAAACAUCAAAGUAUUGGAUAGGCCUAACGACAACACUGUGUUUCAUUAAACCAACCAUCUGGCUCAAACACUGAGAAUGCUGUGUAAACGUAUAUUGUGCGUAAUGUUUAACAGGCAUUGUCACUUUGUGUAAUGUCACCAGUGUUUGGACUAACUCUUAGUACCUGUAUUUGUAUCAAAGUCUUAAAUAACAUACAAUUCUCCCAUUUGUUAUACCAAAUAGAGAGCCCACUCAGUUGAAAAAUGUCACUGUUUGAUUUUGUAUGAUCAACAUAUUGAUAUGAGAACAGCACCAUCCAGUGGUAAGACAGCGGUAAGACAUGAAGCAUGGAGCAGAACACUUGUGAUAGCUGCUCGGCUCUCAAAAAAACAGUAGUACUUCAGAGUUAGAGAUGAAAAUGCUACUUCAUAUAUUGUUUUCUUUCUUUUAGGGGGAGGUGGGAUUCAUUUUGUUAGGUAAAUCAGGUUUUAAAUGAGGUGAAAAAGAGUCAAUGUCCAGAAAACCGCUUCAUUGAACAGUUCAUAGUUAAUGGUAGAGAGUUGGAUGAAACGCUACACAAAAUGAGGCAACGUGACAUUUGAACGGCUAUAAAGCCUCUCGAGUCAUGACAUUAUCACAUUUGAACAUUCUAAUAUCUUUAUCUUGGAACUUUGUUCAGGGUAAAAAUCAAUAUGUGAUAACAUCUCAUGUUCUUAAAGCCGGUCCAAGAAGUGGACAGGUUGGAACGACCUUUGGUUGCUUAGGUCAUACCUUGGAGCUUUUAAUGAUCAGUGACGGAAAAUUCAUUGACUGCUCCUUUUCCCAAAAUCAAACAAUGGGCUACAGUCCAUCCCAGUUUUACAUAACUAUCUUAUAUCUGGGAGUCCUUCCCCUGAGCCAGUGGUUAAUCAAGUUAAUAUUAACAGCUUUCUUCUGCCUUUUUAUUUGAGAAAACGUCAGUUAACCCUAUGACCUGUACUCUGCAACCCAGAAACUGACCAGUGGUCAAGAAGAUUCACAUCUGGGAACUAGGAAAUGUAAGACUUCCUAACACGCUAAACGAAGCAUGUGAUUAACAACCACCAAUUGCAAUUCUGACAAUUCAGAUAUGUCAGUUUCCCAGUUCGAACAAGCAUGUGAAACCAGCCAAAUGGCAUUAGUAGGCCACCUCCUCUGUACUCUCCACUGUUGAUGUCCAGUACAGCUAACUUAACAUUUAUUUUGGGAUCAACCCAUGUAAACAAUUUGCCUGAUAACGCAACUGGACCCUUCUUGUUGCAGGCGCAUUUUCGUCCACAUUCCUUGUCACAUCCCUGAUUACCUCCUACUUUUUUCAGAAUUAGGGGAGAAAAAAGACAGGACUGGAGUCUGGAGUUGAACAAAUUCAAUUGAGAAAAGACCUCUAUCUCUGCAGUCUCAGACACAUGACACCAUUAAUGAAAAGCACGAGUCACCAGUUAAGUGGACAGGCAACUGAAGCCAUAUUGGUUAUUAAAACCAACACACCACACAUCACAACUUAAAGAGAGGAUGUUAUUAGUCCCAUCAUAGAAACAGCUGUUUUCCGUCGGUACAAAAGAGACUGACGGUCGCUAACAAAGUCUUUCUGUGGAUGCGGUGCAAUAACACAUGCAUAGCCUAAAAAAAAUUAUUGGCACCCAUGAUAACAUGGAAAAAAGCUUAAUUGCUCAUUUUAUAUUAUACUAUACUGAUAUACUGUAAAGGUUUAGUGAAAGAGAGGUCAUAGUUUGUCUCAAAAUAAUUGGCACCAAGAAAGGUCUUUAAUAAUGCAAUUGGAAUCCUAUAUUUGGUCCCAUGUUCAUAAAUGCAAUGCUCUAGCUUUUAUCUAGCUUGUGACUUUAUACACCAAUUGGAUGCAUUUGACAUUUGCAUUUCAGAAUUCCCAUAAAUUAAUUGUAAAUAAUAUAAGCAUAAUUUUUGAGUAACUUUAUUAUAAAUAAGAUAAUAUUUGCAAACAUUGCUAAAAUAAAGUAGAUAACCAAUAAUGCUCCAUGAUUCAUAAUUAAUGAGGAAUGACUACUUUCGAGCAUGUCAAAACACCAUAACAGCAAGAGAAUAUGGGAGCACGUAUUUAUAAUUUCAUAAAAAAAGAUUGCAUUUUAAACAUAACGUCCUUUUCUAAGCAACACAAUUAGUAUAAAACAAUAUAACCUCCAAAAAAAAUGUCCUCUUAUUUUAGACAACGUUUCUUUAUUAGUCUUAAUCAAGGGGGCCAAUAAUUUAAGGUAACUGUAUAGGCACUUGGCACAACAA